CGUCCUAAACGUCUGACAGCCGGCGUAAAAAACCAAAACAAAUUGAGGGAGAAAGCAAAUCGAUUGCAAACACUUUUUAAAUUCACUCCACUGACUGAAGCAAAAAUAGCGAAGAAAUGGCCGGACUCGAAUCUAUGAUCGUGAUCGAUGAUGAAAAGCCGUCUCCUGUGGAUCGUGAAAAGACGUGUCCCCUUCUACUUCGAGUGUUCUGUUCAACUGGUCGUCACCAUUCCGCUUCAGAAUUCAGUCAUGGCAAUGUUCCGUCAAAUGAAUUGCAAAUUUACACAUGGCAGGACGCUACAUUACAGGAACUGACUGCUUUAGUUCGUGAUGUGAAUCCGGACACGAGACGCAAGGGAACAUAUUUCGAUUUUGCCGUGGUGCAACCGGAACAAUUUGGUCCGGGCUAUCGCAUGAGAGACAUCGGGGUCACUUGUUCGGGACAACGAAAUGCCGACGAUACGUUGACAUUAGCCCAAGCCAAGUUCAAUAUCGGUGAUUACAUGGACAUCAACAUUACUCCACCGAACCGUGUGCCACCACAGCGACGAGCGAGAGCGUAUUAAGAAUGCAAUUUUUGUGAAAAUAAAUUUGUCUUGAGGGAAUGAA